AUGCCAUAUCUGAAACUAAAUAAGUCUUUAAAGCUUCAUAAAGAUAAAUGCUGGUCACUUGAUGUUUCAAAAGAUGUCUUAGCCACUGGUUCAGCUGAUCGCAAAAUUAAGCUCGUUGACUUGAAUGAUUUUCAAUUGAUUGAUGAACUAGAUGAUACUGCUCAUAAAAAGGCUGUAAGAAGCGUUGCAUGGAGACCGAAUUCCAAUAUUCUAGCUGCAGGAUCAUUUGAUUCCACUAUUUCUAUAUGGGGAAGAGAUGAUAAUGGAUAUUCUAGCUCAGAAACCGACUUGUUGGCUAUCAUUGAGGGACAUGAAAAUGAAGUUAAAUCGGUAUCAUGGUCACACAGUGGUUAUUAUUUGGCUACUUGUUCUAGGGAUAAAAGUAUAUGGAUUUGGGAAACAGACGAAAUGGGUGAAGACUUCGAGUGCAUUAGUGUACUACAGGAACAUUCACAAGAUAUAAAGCACGUUAUAUGGCAUCCCAGCACGAAUAUUUUGGCUUCAAGUUCAUACGACGAUACUAUUAGAGUUUGGAAAGAGUAUGAUGACGAUUUGGAGUGUUGUGCAGUACUGACAGGUCAUCAGGGGACAGUAUGGUGCUCGGGCUUUGAAGCAUCUGAAUCUGUAAUCAGACUAUGCAGUUGUAGCGAUGAUGCUACUGUUCGUAUUUGGAAAUGCGUAGACGAAAAUCCCGAUACCAAUGAGCAGGAGUGGAUACAAGAGGCAACCCUACCUGCCGUCCAUACUAGGGCCAUAUACAGCGUUAGUUGGAGUAAGGAUGGUAUUAUUGCUAGUGCGGGUUCAGAUGGUAUAUUAGCCGUUUAUAAAGAAACCGAUGGAAACUGGGAACUUCUAGCGAGGCAUGAAUUCGCACAUGGCAUUUAUGAAGUAAAUGUUGUCAAGUGGGUUGAACUGAGUGGUCGUCCUGCACUUGUCACAGGCGGAGAUGAUGGAUGUAUAAAUAUCUGGGAAUUAGUAAUUUAA